AUGGUGGCAAUUCAGAACAGCAAACUCUCUUUGGAGUUCAUUCCUAAAGGCAAAGUACUGUCAAAGAUCAAAUCCAAUAUCCAAGAAAUGGCAUUCAGUUUCUGGUGGGACAAUUGGCUUGGCUCUGGGCCACUUGCAUUCAGCAGAACUGAAGGGGGCAGACCUGGUAACACAUCAGUGUCCAAUUUCUGGAAUGAAGGUCAAUGGGAUCUCCAAAAGCUCAAUGGAACUGCACCAGCUCAUAAAAUAUCAGAGAUCAUGCAGACAGCUAUAUAUUACAACCCUGAUCUCCCUGAUAAACCUAUCUGGACUCCUACUGUCAGGGCCCUUAGAAACAAACUCCCAACUGAUGAUAGAGUGCAAAUCUUCUGUGGUCCAACUGUCACCAGGUGUGUAUGCUGCUCUAUGCAUGCUUUGGAAAUAGUGGAACACCUCUUCAGUUCUGGGAACUUUGCUAGGAUCAUAUGGAAAAAAUAUGGGGGUCAUGUGGGCAUCCAAACUGAGAACUUGCCUUUGAGGUUGCUCCUUAUGAAGUGGUGGAUGACGAAGGCCUGUAAUGCUGUGCAAAAGCUCAUUCUAGAUACCCUCCCCAUCAUCAUCUGUUGGAAUUUGUGGAAAAAUAGAUGUAGUUCCAAGUAUGGAGCAAAAAACACCUCCCUAACUAGGGUCCUUUACUCCACCAACUCAGACAUUAACCUACUCCUAAGGUCCAAUUUCCCUGUCAUCCAAUGGCCUUUCAACUGGGGGGAACUCUACUCCUUCAUUGAAAACGUUCAGCAUCACACUACCAUAACUCAAGUCAAAUGGACUAAACCAGACAAGGGCUUUAUAAAGAUCAAUUCAGAUGGAAGUGCUAUGACAAAUCCUGGAAAGAUUGGAGGAGGUGUCAUUAUUAGAGAUCAACAGAGCUACUUCAUUCAUGCAAUGGCCUUCCCUUUGGGAGAGGGUACCAACAAUUAUGCUGAAAUUGAAGCAGCCAGGAUAGGAGUUCAAUGGUGUUUGGACAAUGGAAUUCCCAGAGUUCAUUUAGAAGCAGAUUUUGCACUACUUGACAGAGGAUAA